AUGAUCGGAGAGUCUACCCACAAGCAGGUGCCGGUUUUUAUGACCUUGAACUUUGAUGCAGAGUGGGCUGGCGCCGAUCUGAUCCGGCGGCUCAUCGAGAGUGGCGCUGAUCCUCACGUCAAGAUGAUGGAGGAUAAAGAAUUCACAGUUCGCUCUGAUGUAACGAUCAUCUCCACCACAAGUCGAUGUGCGAACGUUGAUGCUCUCAAAGUCUUGCUUGAAUGCGCAACCAAGGUAGGUGAUGUGGGAGACGCAGUGUCUUAUCGUGAUAGCUGGGGCAGCAUGCCACUUCACUGGGCUUGUCAAGUCUCGAUGGAUGGAGUUCCCCGUGAGGUGACUUCAGAAGUCAUGGAGGAGAAGAUGCAACGAAUUAUCACAAUUCUUGGCUUGCUGCUAGACUGCAGUCCAGAAACGAUCAAGGCCCAGGACCAGUACGGAAAUACGCCUUUAUACCAUGCAGCCAAGAACUACAGCAAUUGCGGACAAGAGCAUACAGCCAUCUUUCAGUACCUUUGUGAGAGAGGUGCUAAUUCCAGCAUUAUCAACAAAAAGGGCGUAACAGCGUUGCAUAGAUUGUGUUCCUACGAUGGAGGAUGGCCAAUUGAUACAGCAGCUAUAGAGAUUCUGCUCGGGCAUGGCGCAAAGAUUACGGAUACAGACAAUGAAGGCAAUACGCCAACACAUCUGGCAGUCAAGACCCUAGAAAAUCUUGAAGCCAUCGCCUUUCUGCUCGAUCAUGGUGCAGACAUACGUGCAAAGAACUUCAAAGGAAACACGCCACUACACGAAGCCGCGAAUGGAAUGCACUGGCCUGGAGUAGUCGAAGAAAAGUUCAAAAGCAUGGGAGAUAUACUUCGAAGGCUUCAAGGCGAUGGAGGAUAUCUGAUGGAUGAACUGAAUGCAGAGGGAAAGUCUCCUCGGCAAAUUCAGAUUGAGAGAAGGAAAGACUUUCGGGAGAAGAUAGAUGAUAUUGAGAACGGGUGGAGGCGCUGA